AAGAGUGAUAUAGCCUAAAUAGGCUGCAGCCUUCCGAAGACCAUGUAAUCUCGCAGACUCUUCCGUUUUCUCCUCGGCGCUCUGGUCACCUAUUCAAUAGCAAAUUAUGUUGAAAAAUAGCCUGUUCGUAGGCCUACUGUGGAUAUUAUUUGAAAAUGCCUAGAAUGGGAUUUUUCUAUUUUUAUUUGUAAAAUCUGUGCCACGUUUUACUCGCCGCAGCUGAUCUCUCAAACGCACGGAUUUGCCUGGGAGGCAACAGUCGUCCGAAAACCUUGGAGUAGACGCAAUGGAGAAUAUAAUCUAAAGAGGAACACAUGGGGAAAGAAAAUAAGGAAUAGGAGGGCACCGUACAUAACGACAGAUAUUGCUCAUAAACGCAGCAUAUCUUUUUAAAAUGUGAAGUGGCCAGAAUCAGAGAAAGUCACGAAUUUUAUUCGGUUUUUAAUGAGACAUUUUGCUUAAUUAAUUUUGUACUUUGUAAAGUCAUAUCCAAUAAUAUACCGGAAUGUAGCUUUGCAGGGUAUGUAUAUGACCACUGCUAUAAUAACAAAUGGUAAGACGUUAGAUAGGUCAAUAAGGCCUAUUGUAAAGUUAUUUCUACAUGCCUUCUUGGCCACAAUCACCCUCAAUUGUUGUGUAUGGAAUGACAUGUUAUCCUGACCAAAAGGAAUUAGUGUUACCAUGCAGGAGUGUAUUGGUAUGAACAAGAACAAACAUGUAAGCACUAAGAAGGCCUACAGUAAGUCCUCUGGAUAAGCACAUCUGCUAAAUGACAAAAAUGUAAUGUAAAAACCUCAAUUAUCACAAGUGUUGUGGAAUGAUGUUUAUUUUUGCAAAUAUAACACUUUCUUAUGUUGAAUGGUGCAUUGCAUCUCUCAAACUCAUUGCACAAUUAUCUGUCUUCCGUGAAAUGCACAAAUUCUAUCAGACACACUAAUGUUGUCUUCUAAAUUUCUGAGCCUAAACUCAACAUGUCUUCCCGAACAAUCUCAUCAGAAAGAAUCAUUGAUCAUAUCAGCUGCUAGUCUAUUCACCACAUGUUGCUUUUUUGUCCGUGCACACCCAGUCACAUUGCCAACCAACGCGUCCAGAUUAGAAAUAGUUGAACAAAAGCUUUAAACGAGCAGCCAGGGUUACUGAAACCGAAGGCGCAGGGCAUCAUUUCUUCAUCAUUAGUUACUGAAUACGGUUGUGUGGAGACUGUGAAUUCUGUAGACUAUCAGCUGGACAGGCACCAGUCUGAUUUAGAACGGAGGCCGGUGAGGUAAGGAGGAGGCUGCUUAUUCCUGACACUUAAGGGGCACUGACGAGGACUCAGCCUAGAGCUGACAUCCACCUCACCUGGCCACUCGCCCCACUUCCCCCCACACACACACAGGGACACCCCCUAGGCCGAGCACCAGCUGAAGAGGAGGACGAAAAAUGUACUCUGACUGUGAGCUGCGUCUCACCAGAAGAGGUCCUGCCUCAGAUCUCCUCCCUCAGACUGGUUGAGACGCUCCGGUUGUGUUUUGAUACUUUUCUCUAGAGUUUUUUUUUACUCAUCCUCACUGGAGUGAGAGAGUGAAGACAUUUUGAAGACCCAGAGGUUUUUGCUGUGGGAGCACCUUUACUUGGAGUAGCUGCUAAUAGACGGAGACCUCCAGUCUUUCUUUGUCUUCCCCUGUCUGUGGUGUGUGUGUGAGUGCUUGUCGGUUGGCAUCGGUGAGAGCCGUCUCCCUUCCCUCCGUCAGGAUGUUUGCAGUUCAGCUGCUGCUGGUCCCGCUGGUGCUGUGGGCUCUGCAAGCGUCUCUAUGCCAUGGAGCGUGUGUGGAGGUGGACUCUGACACUGACGCAGUGGUCAAUGAAGGCUUUAAGCUGGGCUGUAUCUCCUGUAAGAUGAGGGGCGAGGUGCCCGCCGAGGCCACUGUUGAAUGGUCCUUCAUGCCCAAAGGGGAGAGCGAGUUCACAAAAAUCUACAGCUACGAGGACCUAAUGAGCGACAUUCCGGACGAGCGCUUCUACGAGCGUCUGGACUGGAACGGCAGCAAGAAGACCAAGGACCUGCAGGACGGCUCCAUCUACAUCCUGAACGUGACGUGGAACGACACGGGCACCUACCGCUGCAUCUUCAACCGCACCCUCACCUUCACCUCCUACGAGUUCCACACCAACGCCACCAAGAUCGUCCAGCUCAACGUGGUGCCAAGACUGACCAGGGGGAUAGCGUCCAUCUUAUCUGAGGUGAUGAUGUAUGUCACCAUCAUUGGGCUGCAGGUAUGGCUGGUGGUAGAGAUGAUUUACUGCUACAGGAAGAUAUCAGCACAAGGCGAGGAAGCAUUGAGAGAGAGCGCGGCGGAGUACUUAGCUAUCGCUUCGGAGAGUAAAGAGAACUGUGCAAUGGUGGCAGUGGCAGAAUAGCACUGGUUAAAGAAUGGCUCCAAACGACGAAUAGCUCUCGUUAGCCCUUCGACACUUCACCCCUUCGUCCAGACUUCCAUCAUGACACCAUCUCAUUACCCCAUCCAGGAGGAGCAGCCUAGAGGCUUGUCCAGAGAACAGAUGGAUAAGAAGUGAAACAGCCAAUGAAAAAGGACUUGUGUUGAAAAGCAAAUAUACAGCACGAGUGUACUAUCGAGCAGUACUAUAAUAUCAAGGAGAGUUGUAAAUACAGUACGUGUGCUUAAUUAUGCAAUCCAAAAUCCUCAUUAUAAUAAGUUAGUUCAUACAUAGCAUUGUACAUUACGUAGAGCUGCAUGUUUACUGAUACAUCAUAACAAAUUGCGUUAAUGUUUCUUAAAGGGUCAUUGUCAGGAUUAUAAAAAGUGUGCUUGUAUGAGAGCAAUUAGAGGUCAGAACUCAACUGCGAUCUUGCCCAACGGCUUUAGUAGCCUGUCUUGAUCAGACCUUCCAUGGCUAUUUAUGCGCGGGUCCAGACUAGCCUAGCGGUAUAUUCAAAAACAUUCCAAGAAAACUUGAGGUUAUGCAUUCAGGUGAAUGAAAUGAGUACCCUGAGGAGUAGUAGCACAACACGGUUGACUUAGCUGGGAGUAAUGGAUUGUACACACCCAGAGCAACUAUUUCUGGUUUGACAGCACCUGUCUACCUGUU